CAAAGCUAACAGUCUCCCCAUAUGACAGGGAUUGGAUAGAUCCAGAUCAAGUCAGAUCGACCCCUUGUUGCGGAUCUACCGUGCUCUUCCCCCAGUUAGCCCACUCUAAGGCGGCGAUCACCCGUCCAAGCUUAAAUCUCGCAAACAUGUUGUCUCACGGACCGAGAAACCUCGCACCAAGUGAGACCACUACCGCCUCAGAAUUGUUUGGUAAAGAGCCGCCACAUUCAUGGAAUCAAAGAACGAAAAAGAUGAGUUGCCCGAUUGCUUGGCUAAAACCGUACAGGAGGACAUCAGUGCUUAUGUUUCCAUGGCCUCCUGAAGCUGGCAGUGGCAAAGCUUGGGCCGUCUUGCCCGAGCCACAAUCGAUGGGAGGUGUGGAUUGAAGCAGAUGUCGUCGCGGUGUUCAUUCCAUGUUUGUUUGCUUAAUUUUGAAACUUAUUCAUGAUGGGGAAAGAAACGCUCGACGAUAAUUCAGAAAGGGAAUGGCCUGCGGCUUCAGAACCAGAAAGUCCGACUUCAGAAUCAGCACGUGAGCGACUGUUGCCAGAAGGCAGUGGGAAUGCUGAAGCUCAAGAUGAAGAAAAGGCUGGAGAAGAAAGGAAGACAAAGACUUCGCCUCCACCAGGCACAGCGACACUUUCGAGUUUUGUGAGAAUAUUCACAUACUCAACAUAUGGCGAUAGAGUCCUUCUGCUGAUAGCAACGUUGGCUUCAAUAUGUACUGGCGUGACCCUACCUUUAAUGAAUAUCAUAUUCGCUCGCCUUGUUGGAACAUUCGGGAAACUAUACAGUGCGAAAGAGGGCGAAGGCCCUGAAGCAUUCCUCGAAGACAUCAAUGGAAUCGUAUUGUACUUGGUUUACUUGUUCGCUGCUCGGCUCGCACUUGAUUAUGUUGCGAUGUUUGGGUUCCGCAUGGCAAGUCUUCGGAUCUCAGCUGCAAUGCGCCUGUCAUAUAUUCGAGCUCUCUUCGCCCAACCAAUUUCCGUCCUCGACGUGCUCCCUCCCGGCCAAACAGCGGCAAUCAUCACAGUGACAGCAAACAUUGUUCAAGUUGGGAUAUCUGAAAGACUGUCCAUGCUAAUCCAGAAUAUUUCUCUCAUCAUCACUGCUCUGAUCAUAGCAUUCAGCUACAACUGGCUGCUCACGGUAGUGACGAGUACUGGUCUCGUGUUCAUAGCUCUUGUUUAUAGGUACACGAUUCCUCGCUUUAUCAACAGUAUGAAAGAGGUGGGCGAAGCCGACAGAAUGUCGUCUGGUGUUGCCAGUGAGGCGUUUAGCUCUAUCAGAAUGGUUGCUGCCUGUGGUGCUGAGGAUAAGAUGGCCUCGAAAUAUGCUGAGUGGGUGGAGGAGUCUCAUCGCAGAGGGCUUCAAAUGUCGCCGUUAGUCGCACUCCAGCAAGCUCCUAUUUUCUUUGCCAUCCAAGCAAUCUGUGCCCUGGCAUUUUGGUUUGCUGUCAAACUGUACCAAGGAACCUACAUAACCAGUGUGACAACAAUGAUCAUCGUUCUCACAUCCGUCUUGAUGAUCAUGACAUCGCUCGGAAGCACUGUCACACCUGCCUCAGCAGCCAUACACGCGGCGAGUGCAGCGAGCAUCUUUUUCUCCAUCAUCGAUGCCCCUCAGCCUCAAACAUCAGGACUUGAAGGACCUCAAGUAAGCUCCCAAGGGGAUAUCGUCUUCGAGAAUGUAAACUUCACCUAUCCUCUGAGAGCAGAUGUCAAAGUUCUCGAUAAUCUGAGCCUGCGGUUCCCGGCUGGGAAAAUGACUGCGAUCGUCGGGGCAUCAGGAUCUGGUAAAAGUACGAUUGUGGGUCUCAUUGAGAGGUGGUAUGAGUUAGAUGGAAAUAUGACGGACAAAAUCAUGACACUAUAUUUCCGAAAUGGCACUAUUAAGGCAGGUGACAAGCAUUUGCAGGAAAUAGAUCUCAAAUGGUGGAGAUCCCAGAUCGGAUUAGUGCAACAAGAGCCAUUCCUUUUCAAUGACACAAUCUACAAGAAUGUCGAAUAUGGCCUGAUUGGGACUGAAUGGGAGUUCGAAUCGGCCCGCACCAAGCGAGAUCUAGUAAAACAGGCUUGCAGGGAAGCAUUUGCAGAUGAAUUUAUUACUAGACUUCCACACGGAUAUGAAACCUCCGUGGGUGACGCUGGCAUCAAGCUCAGCGGCGGUCAACGCCAGAGAAUUGCUAUCGCUCGAAGUAUUGUCAAACAACCCAAAAUCCUGAUCCUGGACGAAGCAACAUCAGCAAUCGACGUCCAUGGUGAGAGAAUUGUCCAAGCAGCUCUAGACAAGGUCUCCAUGGGGCGCACCACGAUCACGAUAGCUCAUCGUUUGUCGACGAUCAUGAAAGCUGACAACAUCGUGGUUCUAAAGAAUGGGCAGGUUGUACAGCAAGGAACACAUGAUGAAUUGCUUACCAAUAUGGAGGGACCAUACUGGCAUCUUGCUAGUGCGCAGCACUUAUCUUUAGGUGAUGAGAAGAAUACAGCGAUGGAAGAGCUGGACGAUGAUGAGAGCCAAACAAGCGAUCUCACAGUGUUUGAUAGACUGAGUCUCGACUCGGUUCGUGGUGAAUUGGCAGAAGAUAAUGCUUAUAUACCAAAUGGCUUCUUCGGGAGUUUUAUAAGCUUGCUCUGGGAGCAGAGACCUUAUUUUUUGUGGUACUUCGUCAUGUUUCUGGGUGCGUUGGGCGUCGGAGCGGUUUUUCCAAUUCAAUCGUACCUAUCUGCAAAGAUGUUCUCAGUAUUCAGUUUAUAUGGGGAUGAACUGACAGAGGAAACUGGCUGGUGGUGUCUCAUGUUCACAGGUCUAGCAAUUUUCGUGGGCUCCAGCUACUUUGUUCUGGGCUGGUCAGCCAACACAAUCUCAUUUCACAUCACUUCUACAUACCGUCGAGAGUACUUCUCCAAUGUCCUCAAGAAGCCCAUCUCAUUCUACGAUUCAGAGGAAAACUCCAUAGGCUCCCUCACAUCUCGAAUGGCAACGGACCCCACGCAGCUCCAACAACUUCUCGGAAUCAACAUGGCAUUUGUAGUAAUCUCUGUCUUCAAUAUCCUAGGUUGCUUGGCUCUCUCCUUCCACUUCGGAUGGAAGCUCACAUUAGCUGCCGUCAUCACAUCCAUGCCUAUCAUCCUCGCCGCUGGCUUCUUCCGAUUUAGAUUUGAGACACAGUUUGAGAAGAUGAACUACGCUGUUUUUGCAGAAAGUUCUAAGUUUGCAACGGAGUCGAUUGGCGCCUUUAGAACUGUGUCGUCUCUGACUCUCGAGUCGGAGAUUUGUGGAAGGUAUCAAAAGCUGCUAGAGGAGCAUAUCAAAAACGCUUUUCGCAAGGCUGGUAUCUCGACUUUGGUCUUUGCAUUGAGUGACAGUAUUCCUCUGCUAUGCAUGGCAUUUGUUUUAUGGUAUGGCGGCAUACUUUUGUCCCGCUUCGAAUAUGCUCCGUUUAAUUACCUUGUGGUUUAUUUAGCUAUUGUCCAAGGAAGCAUCAGUGCAGGUCAAUUUUUAAGCUUCGGACCAAAUAUAGCACAAGCCUCAGCAUCAGCUAAUAGAAUACGAGCUAUGAGAUCAAUUGAUAGAUUUGAAACUUCUGGCAAAGAACUUGAUUUGCCUUCACCACAAGAUGAAGAAAGGGACAGACGCGGUGUCAAAAUCGAACUGAGAGAUGUUUGGUUCAGAUACCCAACGCGUGAUGUUCCGGUUCUAAAAGGGUUGAAUAUGACUAUCGAGGCAGGUCAAUUUGCUGCCAUUGUUGGGCCAUCUGGGUGCGGCAAGACAAGCAUCAUCUCCCUACUCGAAAGAUUCUACAACCCCGACCGCGGCACAAUCCUCAUGCAUAACAUCAACAUCACAAAACUCUCCCUUCCCUCUUACCGCUCCCACAUCUCUCUCGUCUCCCAAGAACCCUCCAUCUUCUCCGGCACCAUCCGUUCCAACGUACUCCUUGGCAUCGACCCUUCCACUCCGGAUAUCGAUACUGCACUCCACCUCGCCUGCCAACAAGCCGAUAUCCACAAUUUCAUCAUGUCCCUCCCAUCCGGCUACUCCACCGAAGUUGGCCCUCGCGGGAUCGCUUUGUCGGGCGGACAGAAACAGCGCAUCGCAAUAGCACGCGCACUGAUCCGCAACCCUCGUGUGCUGCUGCUGGACGAGGCGACGAGUAACUUGGACUCGGAGACAGAAAGAGAGGUGCAGCGGGUAUUUGAGGAGAGUGGCAAGGGGAGGGGACGGACGAUGGUGGUUGUAGCGCAUAGACUUGCGACGGUGCAGAAUGCAGAUGUAAUAUUUGUUGUUGAGGGAGGAAGGGUUGUGGAGAAGGGGAACCAUGCUUAUUUGCUGGCGAUGAAGGGGGUGUAUUGGCAGAUGUGUCAGGCGCAAGCUUUGGAUAGAUAACAGGGUUAAUUUAAGAUGUAUUCAAAAUUCAAGGACUGGGCAAAUUUGAAGUUAUUCUAGGUAUUAUUGGUGCUGGGAUCCACGCUAGCUUAAUGGCUAAUGGUAGGGUCACUUCCUAGAUCCAAGUUGCCACC